GCUUGAUUCCUUCUCAUCUCGCAGACAUCAUCUUUACAAGCAGUAGAACUUUACAUUCCCACAUGUCCCAUAUAUCUAGUUCUCCAGCGCCGCGACCGCUACCACCUUUGUCUGCGCUUGAUCCAGCGUCAUUCUAUACAAUUGUGGUCUCUGGAGAAAGUUUUCGGGUUACUAUGACCGCAAUCCAAUAUGAUACCCCUAAUUUUUUUUCUGAAAUCUUCAACAAUCCAAGCCGCAAUGAAUAUUUGACGCGGACACUACAUGUUGAUCGCAAUCCAGAUGUUUUCCGAGAUAUUGUCAAGCAUAUGCAAGGCUAUUAUGUUGCUGCCCGGGACGAAGUUCAUCUAGAGAAUCUAAUAAUGGAUGCACACUUCUAUAAUCUGAGACGUCUAAUCGAAAACCUGCGUCAGACGAUGUUCAUAAACGUGAGUGGGACAGUUUUCAAGAUUGCACGGGAAACUAUUUUAAACGACUCUCCCAACUUUUUUGCACUUCUUACACCUUACGCAGAUCGAAACCUUACUCCAACCUUCUUCAGUCGAUCACCAGAACUCUUCAGAGAUAUUCUUAGUCAUCUACAAGGAUAUGACAUUCUGGUUCGGGAUAAAGUCCAUCGGAGCAAUCUUCUCAAAGAAGCUCGCUACUUCAAACUUAACAGUCUUAUCCAGAAGCUUUCCUUGGGCACAGAAUAUGUUUACAGUGGAUUCCCUACUCGAUCUGAGGAGCGGAUCAAGCCUGAGGUGACCAUGCUUCUCAAAAACAUCAAAGUUAAACAUGUUUUGGUCAAGGGUUGGCGUGAGUUUGUCAAGGACCCUCAUACUGGCCGACAGAAUUCUACACCUUCAGCAUUUGGUGAUGAGCCCAUUGUGGAUAGUAGUAGUGGCAGUGGGAUUGAUAAUAAUAACAGCAACAACCAAUUAAGGUCAAGUAACGGGGGUGGAUCCAGUACAGACGUUAACCCAUCUCAAAAAGAGGACAUUACUAUGACUGACAACAGCGGUAAAGAAAAAAUUUUCGAGCAGAAUCGUGCACUUGUUCAAUCUCCAGAACUACAGGAUUUACUCUAUAAACCUACACCGGAGAUUGAGCCGUUGGCAAUCGUGGUUGAGUUCUCGAGUAUCGAGCUUUUUGCUAUUUGGCCAGGAUCUGUCAACUCAUCCAUGUUGGGUGAUCAACACAUUUUUGUUUACCGAGAUGAAGAUCUCACAAUUUUGAACAAGAUUUGUAAACAUUUGGGGCUACAAACCUUGACUAUGGCUGCAAAUAUUGUUCAGCUUUCACCCAACCUUUUUUUCCACCUUGAUGGACAGGCAUACAAGGGCCAAGAGGAACUGGAGCCCAUCAUCCGCAGAUUGGCGUUGUCGUCUGCAAAAGUGACCCCGCCUGGCAGAGCACUGCGAUUAUUUUUGGGCAGAGCAUUAGUCCGAGUUGGUUGCAGAUCAGAACAGUUGGUUAUGACUAUUGUGAAGGCGGAAGGUUGGAGUUCGGAUAAGGAAUACAAUGCAUGCAGGCAGUACUUAGACUCUACAACAGUCUAAAUGAU